CGCAGGAGAAAUCGGUGGUACGCAGCAGCAGCGGCAGCCCAGCCCAGCGCAGUGCUGUUUUGAUCACGAGUUUCUGUCGCCUCCAACUCUUCUCCUGGCCUUCACUGCAACGCGACCAUCCGCUGACGAUUGUGCCCGAUCGAAAACCCCUCCAACCGCCUGCGACUUUCAGGCGUUGGUGAAUUUCUCGAGGUUACGAAGGUUCACGUCACCUGCCUUUCCUUAAUAUCGCGGAUGUGGGUGCGAGAGCCAGGAACGCGCCGCCAUCAACCCCCUUAGCUACCGCCCUAGAGCGAUCGCGAGAAAAUAUUUAGCCCGUCAACAACACAACAAUACACAAGCGACCCUCCAGGUGCGACCGACUUCCAAAGUGUCUCCUUACACCAAGUCGUACUAUUCAGUGCCGAUACUUCCUCCCCGUCUACAUUCGCGACACAGGCCGACAUCCUCAUAUCCGUCCCGCCAAUCUAACUCGGCACUGGAAGAAACUCGUGUUCAAGUGAGGGGAGUCGGAGUAGGGCAGAGACGACGACACCUCUCGAGGUGUCCCAAUCCGAUAUCAACAUCAUGGCGACUUCAUUAGCGAUGGACCACCCGUCCUUAGCUUCGCAAGACACACCACAAGAUACACAGGACAUGGACCCAUUUUCAACAGGUUCUUCCGGCUCGAAUCACCAUCGAUUCUCCAAUUUCGACACCAAAUUGUUUGCCCUAAGCCCUGCCACAUCUCCGGAGCAAGCAAAACGCGCAUUGGAGGCCCAUCUCAAGGAAACGGAAAAGCGGAUCGAAAGUGCCUCCAAGCUCGGAAAUGACCUUGUGGAACAACGAAAGGCGCUGGAAGAGCGAUUGGUAGAGGUCCAAAAGCAACAAAGUGAAUCUGAAUUAUCACCAGAGCUGCGCCAAAAGUUGUCAGACAUCGAGAAGGAAUACAAUGAGGUGGGUCGCGAGAGCGCCAGGGCCUUUUUGCCAAAAUCGAGAGUCUCCAGCGCGGAAAUGGGUGGAUCGCCGUUUGCGAGUGACAAGGUAAUGAGCUUCUUGCCUCCAAUGUCUCAGAUUGGUACUAAUGUAUACAGCGAUCGUUGAGCCCUUCCAAAUUCGAGAGCCAAGCUACAAACUCCCCCUCCAAGCUUAGCGUACCUAGUCGCAAGCAACGAAAUACGCCAUCAAACCGUGUCCAUGACAUUGAAUUUGCCACGGAAAUCAGUACUUCCCUGUUAUCGCAAGUACGACAUCUCCAACAGUUGCUAUCCGAAAAGGAAGACGCCUUGAAGACGGUGACACUUGAAAAGUCCAAGUUGGAGGUGGAGGCAGAAGGCUUCAGUCAACGCCUAAGAAGUCUCGAUGAGAGCGAGAAUCGAUACAAGGACGAGAAUUGGAAUCUGGAAACGCAAAUCCACGAGUACAUGGCAGCUGCAAAGGAGGCCGCCGAACGGGAAAAGAAAUUGAAUCAAAGUCUAAACUUGGCCCACUCGGAGAAGAGUGCCGCCCAAAAGGAGCUGGACGAGAUCAAAUUAACCCACGCGAAGCUUACUGAGGAGCACCUGGCCACCGUAAAGCACCAUGACGUUGAAAUGGGUAGCGCCAAGCGAGCCAUAACAAUGGGCGAAAGUGAACGAGGUGCCCUACAACGGAGAAUUGAAGAAUUGGCAGGUCAAAAUACCGAACUCGCAAAAGCUUUUGCGCAUCAAAGAGGCAGGCAGGAAGAACUAGAGCCCGUUCGUCAAUUGAGCGAUGAAGAUUUUGCAACAGGUAACGAUAGUAAUACACCUGAACAUUCCCCACCACCUUCUCCUGUCAAGGGUACCCCGCGUCACAGCCUGUUGGAAUCGGAGACUCUCAAAAGCUCAUUACACCAUGCUCAUCGAAUGAUUCAACAAUUGAAGGGUAAUAUUCACAAGGAAAAGACAGAAAAGUUGGAGUUGAAGCGCAUGCUGCAAGAAGCUAGAGAUGAUUUGGACGCCAAGCGAAGCGAGGCUCGGUUGUCAACCGCAGUCAAGAGAAGCCGAAAGGUGGAAUCAAGGGAUUUCAAGAAGCCAGUAAGACCAGCUGCGUUGGGCGCAGCGAGAAACAGCAGAAGCGAUAUUCUUAUCUUGGAUGAUCCAAAUUGGGAGGACGAGACUGGUCAACCAAGCCCAACCAGAGGCAGAGCCCCCGCACACUCUGUUGCCGGUAUACCUUCAUCACUCCAAGAUAUUACCGAUACUUUCGAGACAGCAAACGAGACAAGUGAUGCUGCUUUUGAAACUGCAAAUGAGCGUGGUACAGAGACCGAGGACUUUCAAACUGGUCAAGAGGAUAUGAGCGGUACCGACGAGUUGACGGAGACUGAAGAACGACCCAAGUCUAGCAGCACUCGAUCGAACCCCCUCUCCCUCCACAAGCCAGGAACCCGACUUUCAUACCAGAGCACUGCCUCAACCUCUGCUGAUGAGGACGAUGAUUAUGAUGAAAUCAAGACGCCAACUGCUGAUAAAUACCCACGACUCAAAUCCAGAAGCAGCCGACUAAGUAGCAGACGUUCUAGAGCUGGCAGCGAGGACCCUUCUAUCCGAGGCAGUCCAGCAGCAAGCCUUGCAAACAGCAGCAGACAUGGCACGCCUUCAGCAGCCGGCCAGAGUUUGUUUGCCGAGUUAGGUGACAUGAGUGAUGAUGACUACUCAACAGUUGGAGGCCGCAGUGCGUUUGCUUCGCCAACUGGAACCCCAGGACCAUCUAGACCAUCGUCGAGACCUUCAACUGCCAAAAAUACACCGGCCCAUACUUCUUUUAUUCCUCCUGUUCCCAAAUUGCCAAUGGUCGAUUCUUCUAUGAUGACUGAGUCGUGGGAACCAGAGCCAGCGCCAUCAACACCAAAGGUUGAUUCCUCCAUGAUGACUGAGCCCGAGGAGACAAGACCACCCACGCCAAAUACUGCUGUCCCAAUACUGGAGGGUGCCGCUGCAGGAACCGUCGGCGGCUUGCUUGCAGGUGCUUCGAUGAGCGAAUUGAUGGACAAAAUGAGAGAGAACCGAUCAUCAACAGGAACACAGGUUGAAAUUGAAACUUCGGAUGCUGGAAGUCAAUGGCAUCGCGAGCUGCCUAAGGACGCAUCUCUGCAAACCGAGGGAACCUUCAGACCAGUCUCAGAUUAUAGCGACAUGAGUUCUCAAUAUGAUGAUCCCACAGGUAUGGAAGAGAAGCUAUCUAGCUUCCCAUCUCCGCCAGUUUCUCGGGCGGAUAGUCCGUUGGUCAGUCGAUCAGAAGUCAAGCCGGCUCCUGCGCCAUUGACAAUUUCUACAAUUCACUCUGAGCAUGUCGAGCCAAUAGAGCCUGUAGAAGUUGAACCCCCAGUCGCUGCUCCAGUCGUUGCUCCAAUUAUCCCCGAGGUGGCUCCUGCUCCUCCCACUCCGGUCAAGCAUGUGCCCGCUCCCUUGGUUUUCUCAUCACUUCAAUUCGUGGAUACGGAACCAAUUGAAGCUGUCUCACCACGAACCCCCAAGAGGAAUGCUGUUAUUAUUCCAAGAGAUGCGUCUGAUAAUGACAUCUCAUACAAGGCGCUAGAAACCAACGAUCGACCGGAGUCAUCAACACCCAAGGCUGUCGAGAAGAAUGAAAAACCAGAACCAUCAGCACCUAGAAGAAGCUUGCUUGGUUCUGUAUUUGGUUAUAAAUCAAAAACACCCACGGCCCCUAUCAUUGCCGAGGACGAGACUCGUCAAUCGCCAAGUGCUUCUCCGUCUGCAGAGACACCAGAGUCGCAGCGACCAUUCAAGGAAUUAUCCAGCAAUACUAAUGAAAUAUCGCCUAAGAAGGUUCACGUUGAGACAAAAGAUGAGAGCUGUCAGACCUCGCUAACUGCCACACAAAUUGACGAGAUGCUCCGACUGGAGAGAAAGACUUCAGUUAUCCUUCAGGAUGGUCCGAAAUCGCCCACUUCUCCAACUCGAGCUCUUCAAUCCGCUCUCAAAUCAAGAAAAUCACAGGAUAGCAUCGUUAGCUCAGGCCGACUUUACGAUGUCACUGGGGUUGCACCUAAGAGACCUACUAGUGCUACCAGCUCAAGACACGGGUCCAUCUCAAGCACCCACCCGCCACUUCCUGCCAACUCAAAGAAGGUUAUUGCUGCUGCUGCACAACGUACUGGCUCAUCUCAAGGUCCACCUGGAGUACUAGUCACAUGCUCUGGGCAAGCAAAUGAAUCGUCAGUUGGCUCCCCUGUUAUUGGUAGCAUGGGUCCUCCAUUUUUUCCUGCUUCGGCGACUCGCAAUGGUUCUAUGAGACCUCGUACCCCAAGCUCUCAACCGCCCAUGAGCCCAUCACUAAAAGAUGGUACAACACCACGACCAGUGCACUCGUCUGGUGGUCCGCAAUCACCUACUGGAACUGGUGCUAGAUCUCGCCGAUCAUCUGUAUCUUCAUUUGCAUCUGAACUCGAGACUCGAUUUAACAUUCGAGGAAUGCCAAUGCCUCAAGGUGUGGAUACCAAUACCGAUCCUAGAAUGAUAAAUGCCAUAACACAGACUAUGAUUGGCGAGUAUCUCUGGAAAUACACCCGCAAGGCUGGUCGUGGAGCCUUCUCAGAAAAUCGACACCGUCGUUACUUCUGGGUACACCCCUACACCAGAACUUUGUACUGGAGUGAUCGAGAUCCUUCAAGGGAAGCUGGUAGAGCCGAGUUGAAAGCAAAGAGUGUUCCUAUUGAAGCAGUAAGGGUUGUCACGGAUGAUAAUCCAAUGCCUCCUGGACUUCAUCGCAAGAGUUUGAUCAUCAUGACACCUGGCCGAGCUGUCAAGUUCACCGCAACAACUGGCCAGCGUCACGAGACUUGGUUCAACGCUUUAUCCUACCUACUUCUCAGAACUGGUGAGGAUGCGGUCAACGACACUCAUAACCUUGCCAAUGAUUCUUUGUCGAGAGACGAUAUCGCAGAAUUCAAUCCUGGAUUUGGCAACAGCGCUUCGCGUCAAGGCCCUGCCUCCCUUUCAUCGUACAAUAGCCGUACUACCCGUAACGAGUCUCAAUCUGGACGCACUUCUAGGAAUGCUGCAACCCACACGGGUGGUUCAAGACCAACCAUAGGGACUCUUUCCCGUUUGAGUGGUUACAUGGUUGGCAGCGCCAAAAGCCGACAGAGUCUCGGUAAUGGCACAAGUAUCUAUGAUGCUAGCGAGGUUCAUGACAGCGCUGAGGAUCUUCGAGAGAUGAUCGAGCAACAGGAUCGUGAGAGUGACAAAUUGGAGAACGUUAGAGCUUGCUGUGACGGUAUGUUAUCACUCCUCGAACAUGAAAUGUGUUUGCUAAUUUGGGAUCUAAAUAGGCAAACAUGAUGUUGGCCAUCUGCAUACUGGUUCACAGAAAGGCCGACAAUCUGGUCAAGCUCAAACACUUGGAGCUUCGACUUUAGGACUUAUUAGUGCACCAAGAGCCAAGAGCCGGACUAGUGUGAUGAGGAGGACGGAUUAAUUAAGUUUAUCUGUUGUUUAUUUUACUUGAGCUGGAGCGUUUUUGAGGUUCGUUCGUGGCGCGCGUUGUUGUUGUUUAUUACACAAUACCCAUAAUCUUUGGGAUUUCCUUGCUUGUUAAUCUUUUUUUUUUUACAAAAAAAACUUUUUUUGUUUUUUGCAAUUGCAACUGUAACUCACGAAGUUCAUGUCUCUCUCUCUCUCUCUCUCUUUCUUUUUUCUUGAUUUUCUUUCUUUUCGUUUUGAGGUGGAUUUUUUUCUUCGUUGUUGUUGGUUGGUUGGUUGCUAAUAGCGCUGAUCUACGGAGGGAUGUGCUUAAUCACUUCAUUUUUCUUUGAGGCUCGGGGAUUAGGGGGAGGUGGCGGGAUUUAUUGCGGUUGUUGUGGUGGUGGUUGUUUGUAGGACAUAGGACGGAAUGGAAUGGAAUGGAGUGGACGCGAAGUAAAACCACACGAUCGAGGGAACCCUCUUAGCUCUUAGUGGGACCCUGACUGAUCCGAGAUUAAUUUUUCCUUUUUUUUCACUACUUUUUUUGUGAUAUUGUAAAUACUGGUACUGGUAUGGUAUGGUAUAGUAGGUAGUUAACUCAAGCCUAAUUGACCUGCUUAGUUGUCCCCUUCCCUUCCUUCUCUCUUCUCUUCUUCUUUCC